AUGUUCGGUAGUAUAAUGUUACUGGAUAACGAAAAGGACGUCGUGGAUAGUGACACGAAGACGGCUGUUGCCGCACAUCACGUGUCGCGGUGGGCCUACACAAUACUAUUAGUACAUUUCAUAGCGGUACUAGUACUGCUACAAUACGAAAUACCGUCCCAACUGGCCCUGGGACGUCUGUGUUUGCUACUCACAGUUAUCUUUGUGGGAGUACGGCAUCACUCCACACGGCUCUUCAGUUUGGCCUCUGCUGGUUUGGGGGCCGUCACUGCUACACAAGGUCUCAUAGAUGCGUGCUCGCUUCAUUACCAUGCUGUUGGUCUGGGCGCUGCAGCGUCUCGUUCCGGUAUUUCACUGUUGUCAGACCUGAGGUCACGUGCCCUCAUGCAUGCAGCGCUUUUGGUAUGUUUGUGUGCGGUACAAAUAUUGAAUUUGGGGCUGUAUUUGACAUCUUUACGUGCGCAAACAUCGCCGACCUUGUUUGACGCUGAAGAAGUGUAA